GUGCGGGAUAUAUACUCUCCCGCGACCUCAUUAUAGACAUUGUUGAAUCCGACUGGGUUAAUUCAAAUGUUGUAGGUCAGGAGGAUUGGCUAGUGGGUGAGUGGAUCAUCAUAAGCCAUCGAAUAAAGGACUUUGAGAGUCUGAAGGUUAUUAAAGAUAUGUACACCGAAUACGAAGAAGGAUUGCCAAUACUCAGAGUCAUUCGGAAUUCAACGACCGAAGGCCUAGCUGCAAAGACGGAGAUUGCUCCAAGAUGCUGGACUGAACUUGAGAGGGAACUCUGGAAUCAAUCUUUGCAGAAUACUUACAAGAACUGGUUCUAUGAAGCUUGGGGUUUUAAGGAGGGGAUGUGGUAUGGGCAUUAUGGGCCUGCGGAUGAUAUAGAGAUUACUGAAUAG